UCCUCGGAGACAGAGACGAUGAAGACGGAACCUCUCUGUCUCCAAGGAAGGAUUCCCCGACAGAACGGAUCGAAGCUUGGCGUCCGAUUAAAAAACCAACCUUAGCUCAACCACCUUACUUGGUCACGAUUAAAAAUCAUGUUGACAAAGUGUUUAAAACUUGUUAAAGUGGCUGUAACAUUAACAGGAUUGCCCCUGUGCUUUGGAUGCGGGACUGGAGGAGACGACAAUCCCAGCAUGGCUAAUAUUCUUUAUAAUAAAUUGUCCCAGUUCCUCGGAACAUUGUUUGGGAUUAAAGCUCUUGACGAAAAGGUUAUCUCGGACCAUCAAAAGGAAAUUCAUGCGAUCGGAAAUAGCUGGCCUAAGGCAAAUUUGGAAGGCUCAAGUGAGCGGAAUUCCGUCAUGAGCCGCAGACGUGAGGAAGAAAAGGACAUUGAAUUUUUGGAAAUUUUGGGAAAGAUGAUCAACGUACCACACGCGACCGAGUUCCCCGAACCCUCACUGCUCAAGGAUUUCAAGAGGAAUCAUAUCCAUGAAAUGUUCCUCGGGAUGAAGAGGAGGGCAGAGAGGCUAGCGAGGGAAAACAGUGCUCUCAGAAGGAUGCAAGAGGACAAUGACCGGCACCAGACGAGGAGCGUUCAGCGCGAGAAGAGGAUGAGAAGUCUACAGGAAGAAGUCGCUGCUUUGGCGGCCGACAAAAUAAAAACCAAAAGAGAAAUGGAAGAGAGACUUCACCUUCUCUUAGAAGAAAGGAAUCAUCUCCAGAGUGAAAAUCUGGUUAAGGAGACGAUGAUUGAUCGUCUCGAAAACGAGAAAAGAAAAGAUAUGAAUAAAAUAAUCUGUUUGGAAAACCAUCUGGAUGCCAUGAAGAAGCAAAUGAACGCCCUGACGAUAUCUUUGCAAGAAAAAGAGAGAAACGUCAGGGAAAUGGAAGGCGCAAUUAACGAACUGAAGACAGAAAACGCCAGGCUGGAAACUGAACGAAAUACGAGUGAGAGAGAAAAAGAUGUGGGGAGAAAAAAAGUUGACGAGGCGGUGAAGGAAAUACUGACAUUAAGAGAGAGGCAAGAACAACUUUUGGAGUUGUUAGUGGAGGAAGAGAGAAGGAGUGAAGAAAUGGCAAACGCAGUGCUAAGUCUUUAUCAGAUAAUGAGCACCGAAGACUCUCCAAUUGAGCCGAGUGACGACAUUAAGUUAAAAAGUGAAGGAGUUCAGGAAGUACUUCCCAAUGAAGGACAAGAACGUUCAAACGCAGAUGUGAUAACAGAGGAAGACAUAGGGGAGUUACUUGAAGCACUAGAGAAGAUACUCAAGGAAGAAAUAGAAAUGACAAUUGAGGAAGAGAGAGGUGACAUGUUCCUUAUGGUUUUACAUGAUAUACUCGAGGAUAAAGAGGAGACUCCACCUGAAUAUAUGGAGAUACUCGAGAUUGUACAUGAGGAAACAAAGAUGACACCUGAGGAUUUAGAGGAAUUGCUUGACGGAUUACUUGACGGAACAAAAGAGGUGCUCUGGAAAGAAGUAAAUAUGCCAAGGAAGAGUUUAGAAGAGAUAGUUGAGGAUAUAGAGGAGGUACUUCUGGAGCACAUAAAGGAGAGUGUUAAGGAGAUGAUGGCUGAACAGCGGACAAAAAGAAAAUGGGGAAAAAAGUUAUGGAAAUCACUAAUUCGGAAGAACAGGCAGAGAAAGGGCAGAAGGAGGGCUGAAAAGGAGCUAAGGAAACAGAAAUUAAGGCCUGAAGGGCAGGAAGAGGUGAAGAAGGCUCCAAUGGUUAAUAAGGAGACGAUGACUGACCGUCUCGAACACGAGAGAAGAGAAGAUAUUGAUAAAAUAAUCUCUUUGGAAAACCAUCUGGAAGCCAUGAAGAAGCAAAUGAAUGCUCUGACGAUAUCUUUGCACGAAAAGGAAAACGCAAUUAACGAACUGAAGACAGAAAACGCCAGGCUCGAAAAGGAACGAAAUACAUGUGAGAGAGAAAAAGAUGAGGGGAGAAAAAAAGUUGAGGAGGCGAUGAAGGAAAUAGUGACAUUACGAGAGAGGCAAGAGCAACUUUUGGAGCUGUUAGUGGAGGAAGAGAGAAGGGGUGAAGAAAUGCUAAGUGCAGUGCUAAGUCUUUAUCAGAUAAUGAGCACCGAUGACUCUCAAAUUGAGCCCAGCGAUCAGCGCCCAAGGCCAGAGGAUUCAGGAACACGACAGACGGCCAAUUCCCCUCCACUGGACGAAAGCAAUGAAAAUGGCUGGAUAUGUAUGGAGGACUGUGAAUACUCUGUAGUGUGUGACGAAAAAGACGAUCCAUCCAGCCAAAGUCAUUCUUCAAGAGCAGACUGUGAAUUCCACAGUAAGUUAAAAAGUGAAGCUAACGACGUCCUUAUGUCAGAAGGAGUUCAGGAAGUACUUCUCAAUGAAGGACAAGAACGUUCAAACGCAGAUGUGAUAACAGAGGAAGAUAUAGGGGAGUUACUUGAAGCACUAGAGAAGAUACUCAAGGAAGAAAUAGAAAUUGCAAUUGAGGAAGAGAGAGGUGACAUGUUCCGUAUGGUUUUACAUGAUAUACUCGAGGAUAAAGAGGAGACUCCACCUGAAUAUAUGGAGAUACUCGAGAUUGUACAUGAGGAAACAAAGAUGACACCUGAAGAUUUAGAGGAAUUACUUGACAAAUUACUUGACGGAACCAAAGAGAUGCUCAGGAAAGAAAUAAAUAUGCCUAGAGAGAGUUUAGAAGAGAUAUUCGAGGAUAUAGAGGAGAUACUUCUGGAGGAGAUAAAGGAGAGUGUUAAGGAGAUGAUGGCUGAAAGGCAGACAGAAAGAAAAUGGGGAAAAAAGUUAUGGAAAUCACUAAUUCGGAAGAACAGGAAGAGAAAAGGAAGUAGGAGGGCUGAAAAGGAGCUAAGUAAACAGAAAGUAAGCCCUUAAGAGCAGGAAGACGUGAAGGCAGGAAAAGAAAACGCUUAAGGAGAAUAGAACGCAUUUGUAAAGCAAAGCUGUAACCACCAACUUGGCUGGUGCUGGAACAGGAAGCAAGUAGGUGGCAAGCUCAAGGAGGACCAAGCUGAGGAACGGCUGGUGGCUUGGGGGGGACCACCAGAUGUUCACUGGUGCUGGGACAGGACACGCCAAGGUUGCAGGCGCGAGGAGGACCGAGCUGAGGAACAGCUGGUGGUUUGGGGGGACCACCAGAUGUUCGCUGGUGCUGGACCAGGACACGGAAAGGUUUGCGGGGGCGAGGAGGACCGAGGUGAGGAAUGGCUGGUGGUUUGGGGGGACCACCAGACGUUCGCUGGAACAGGACGCGGCUAGGAUUGAGGGCACACAAGGACCGAGCUGAGGAACAGCUGGUGGUUUGGGGGGACCACCGGACGUUCGCUGGUGCUGGAAAAGGAAGCGGCAAGGUUUGUGGACGCGAGGAGGACUGAGGUGAGGAACGGCUGGUGGUUCGGGGGGACCACCAGACGUUUGCUGGAACAAGACGCGGCAAGGUUUGCAGGCGCGAAGAGGACCGAGCUGAGGAAUGGCUGGUGGUUUGGGGGGACCACCGGACAUUCGCUGGAACAGGAUGCGGCAAGGUUUGAGGGCGCAAGGAGGACCAACCUGAGGAAUGGCUGGUGGUUUGGGGGGACCACCGGACAUUCGCUGGAACAGGAUGCGGCAAGGUUUGAGGGCGCAAGGAGGACCAACCUGAGGAAUGGCUGGUGGUUUGGGGGGACCACCGGACAUUCGCUGGAACAGGAUGCGGCAAGGUUUGAGGGCACAAGGAGGACCAAGCUGAGGAAUGGUUGGUGGUUUGGAGGAACCACCAUAUGUUUGCUAGUGCUGGAACAGGACAGGGCAAGGUUUGCGGGGGCGAGGAGGAAUGAGCUGAAGAACAGCUGGUGGCUUGGGGGGACCACCAGACGUUUGCUGGAACAAGACGCGGCAAGGUUUGCAGGCGCGAAGAGGACCGAGCUGAGGAAUGGCUGGUGGUUUGGGGGGACCACCGGACAUUCGCUGGAACAGGAUGCGGCAAGGUUUGAGGGCGUAAGGAGGACCAACCUGAGGAAUGGCUGGUGGUUUGGGGGGAGGGGGGACCACCGGACAUUCGCUGGAACAGGAUGCGGCAAGGUUUGAGGGCGCAAGGAGGACCAACCUGAGGAAUGGCUGGUGGUUUGGGGGGACCACCGGACAUUCGCUGGAACAGGAUGCGGCAAGGUUUGAGGGCACAAGGAGGACCAAGCUGAGGAAUGGUUGGUGGUUUGGAGGAACCACCAUAUGUUUGCUAGUGCUGGAACAGGACAGGGCAAGGUUUGCGGGGGCGAGGAGGAAUGAGCUGAAGAACAGCUGGUGGCUUGGGGGGACCACCAGACAUUCGCUGGAACAGGACAUGGCAAGGUUUGAGGGCGCAAGGAGGACCAAGCUGAGGAUCAGCUGGUGGUUUGGGAGACCACCAGACGUUCGCUGGUGCUGGAAAAGGAAGCGGCAAGGUUUGCGGACGCGAGGAGGACCGAGGUUAGAAACGGCUGGUGGUUUGGGGGGACCACCAGACGUUUGCUGGAACAGGACGCAGCAAGGUUUGCGGACGCGGGGAGGACCGAGGUGAGGAACGGCAGGUGGUUCGGGGGGACCACCAGACGUUCGCUGGAACAGGACGCGGCAAGGAUUGAGGGCACACAAGGACCGAGCUGAGGAACAGCUGGUGGUUUGGGGGACCACCAGACGAUCGCUGGAAAAGGACGCAGCAAGGUUUGAGGUCGCAAGGAGGACCAAGCUGUGGAUCAGCUGGUGGUUUGGGGGACCACCAGAUGUUCGCUGGUGCUGGAACAGGACGCGGAAAGGUUUGUGGACGCGAGGAGGACCGAGGUGAGGAACAGCUUGUGGUUUGGGGGACCACCAGACAUUUGCUGGAACAGGAUGCGGAAAGGUUUGAGGGCGCAAGGAGGACCAACCUGAGGAAUGGCUGGUAGUUUGGGGGGACCACCAUACAUUCGCUAGUGCUGGAACAGGACACGGCAAGGUUUGAGGGCGCAAGGAGGACCAACCUGAGGAAUGGCUGGUGGUUUGGGGGGACCAUCGGACGUUCGCUGGUGCUGGAACAGGACGCGGCAAGGUUUGAGGGCGCAAGGAGGACCAACCUGAGGAAUGGCUGGUGGUUUUGGGGGGACCAUCGGACGUUCGCUGGUGCUGGAACAGGACACGGCAAGGUUUGAGGGCGCAAGGAGGACCAACCUGAGGAAUGGCUGGUGGUUUGGGGGGACCACCAGACGUUCGCUGGUGCUGGAACAGGACGCGGCAAGGUUUGAGGGCGCAAGGAGGACCAACCUGAGGAAUGGCUGGUGGUUUUGGGGGGACCAUCGGACGUUCGCUGGUGCUGGAACAGGACGCGGCAAGGUUUGAGGGCGCAAGGAGGACCAACCUGAGGAAUGGCUGGUGGUUUGGGGGGACCACCGGACGUUCGCUAGUGUU